CCGAUAGUGGGAGUGUUUUUGCCAGUACUCUUCAACAUUUAGCACGUUCCCUGUCAAAUUUGGACGAGCCACCAUGGGAAAAGGUCCACCAGCUGCAACAGAUGUGCCCUCAACCUGGGUUCUUGGGAACCAAAGGGUUCAGGAUCGACCCCCGACGCCAAGAUGCGGUUGCUGCACUUGGAAUCUUUCUCCUGGAGUCUGGCAUGAAGUUCAAGGACAAACUUGUCCCGUAUCUGAUAGAACUGAUGAGAGGACUGUCAUCAGCCCAGUGGCAGGAACAGGCUGGAUACAGAGCGAAAGAAAGUCUGCCCAUGAGCGAGAACUACGCUUUCUGCCUGACCACGCUGCUGUCGGACAUCGCUGUCAGGGAACUGGCUUUCAGAGAACAGAUUCUUGCAGCCCAGCUGGACACCUUCCAAGCCCUAGCGCGACAAUGUUACCAACUCGGAGAGCCAACGCAAGGUUCGACAUGCCACCUUAUCGUACCAGCUCUCUUUGGAAUGGCCCGCGCCAUUGGCCGUUCAAGCUACACCGAUGUCCCCCUCCUGUGCCAGCUGUUCCCCCCGCCCACUCGCAAGCCUCAUAAGCAGACACCGGCGGCUGAUCACCAACGCAAGAAGAAGCCGCCUCCCCCGACCUACAGCACCUUCCGUCCUAUCAUCUCGCCAACCAUGAGGCGUUACUUCCCCACUGUGGGAGGGGACCCUGGUCAGUCCCAUCGGGCGUCGGACACGACGGAUGGAACGGGCCCCAGCAACCUGAGAGUUCAACGGUCGGGUGAGUCGGACAGUGAGAAGCUGUACGGGUUCGAUCCCAGCCAGGAGCUGCUCUACGUUGUGGCAUCGUCAUUUCUCCUGCCGGCCGCUGUCAGGGAUCAGUUGACAGACAGACGGAAAAAUCCAUUGGAGUUCAGGACUGAACAGUUGCAGAUUAUCCUGAAAGUGGCUAAAAUUUUAAUCAACAACAAGACACUAGGGGACCUGGACAAGGCAGCCAAGAUGUACUGUUCCCUGCCUCGCGCUAGGGACUUCCCUUAUCAGUCGUUCAGCGAGACCAUCAGCCUGGUGCUGGUGCUGCUGCUGAGACAUCUCGUACAGUACAGCGAAGAAUUACCAGAGGUGCUAAUUGACGGCAUCCAGUCCUUCGUCCACGAGAUGUACGUGGCCGGUCAGACCAAAAUUCAGGACAGGAACCUGGAGAUGGCCGUGAGGUCCAGCUGCGGAUUCAACUCGUUUGAGCUAGCCAUCAAAGCCAAUGCCACCUGCGUGGACAUGCUGGUCUGGGCUGUCAAAGAAGAGCAAGGAGGCGAUAGUCUGCUAGGACGGAUGAACGAAAAGCUGCAAGCCCCGGAAGGAACCCUCCACCUCCUGGCCCACAUCCCGCUGCUCCACUGUUGUCUUGAGGCACAUGGCACGUUGUCAGAGAAGUUCCCCCUCUUAGCCCACCAGUCCAUCAGCUCCCUCCGCGACUUCCUUCUCAUCCCGUCCCGCAUUCUCACCAAGCUGCACAAGUACUACCCGAAGGAGGGCAGCAGAUCCUCGCGGGGAGGCCAGAGCAGAGAGCGGCACCACAGCGGGGGGAAAACGGAGCCCACCUGCGCAGCGUUCGCCGAGCUCCGGGACGCAGCGAUAUACAACCUGUGCAGGUCAUUGCAAGCUGGCCUCCAAGAGAACCCCAACUGCGUGCAGGCCUUUCUGGCCUCGGUCUCCAACACCCUGUACCUGACGGAAGCCGGGGCGGAGAAGCUGGCCCUCAAGUCCCACAACGCCGUGCUGACGCUGGGCCACGUGGCCGUAGCGCUGAAGGACAUCCCACCCACCAUGGAGAGUGUGCAGCAGAUCUUCCAGCAACAGUUCUGCAACCCGGCCUCCAAGCUGGAUGAGGUGAUCGUGGACAUGCUUGGGUGCAUGCUGCUGACGGGACAGUCCGGUAUCUACCUGGAAGUGAUGAACAUGUUUAUUCAGAUCAGUGUGGAGGCCGGGUCUGCUGCCUAUACCCCAGACAGCUCCAAUAAUUCCCACAGAUACAGGCAUUGCUCGCUGGCAGUCAUGAACGCCCUGUCCAACAUAGCCGGUUCUUUGCAAGGGGACCAGGAGCAGCAGGAACUGCUGGUCCGUCUAUUGGAGCUCUUCGUCCAGCUUGGUCUGGAGGGCCGGCGGGCCAGCGAGCGCUCGUCCUUUGCCAUCAAGGCCUCCAGCAGCGCCGGUAACCUGGGCAUUCUCAUCCCCGUGUUGGCGACGCUGAUAAGGAGGCUUCCGCCAAUCCGAGUCCUGAAGCCAAGACUUCUAAAGCUCUUCCGAGAUUUUUGGCUUUACACCGUAGUAAUGGGAUUUGCUGUUGAAGACUCAGGUUUGUGGCCUCGCGAGUGGUACGAAGGAGUCUGCAUCAUCGCCGUCAAGUCACCACUUCUCACCUCCUUCCAAGGAGAGCAUCUUCGGUCUCAGCUGCAGUACACCUCCGCUCUGAGGAAUGACAGCGUGUCUUAUAAUGAUCUGAACGAGUUGCGACAAACCAUCCUGACCCUGCUCUGCUCGCCGGCCGAGAUCGUGCCCUAUGUCAACAAGCUGGACUUUGCCCAGUGCACCUACCUGCUCUCUGUCUACCAGCUAGAGACACUGCGGGUCCUCCAUGAGGAUGCCCCCAGCUUCUGCACCAUGUUCGAGUACCUAGAGGAUAUGGCCAUCAUCCAGGACAAGGCCGGGAUGUGGGACUGCUUGCUGGCCGUCACCAACCAGGUCUUCAAUAAUUUCCUGGACAUCAUGUCCAACAGGCCGAGGACGCCAGAGAGGGAGUCUGAGCUUGUCAGCCACGCCCAGUUUCUCCUAGUCAAGUUCAACCACAUCCGCAAGCAGAUCAGAAAGAUAGCGGACAAGUACCUGUCGAAACUCGUGGACAAGUUUCCCCACCUGUUGUGGAACGGCAGCAUCCUGUGGACCAUGCUGGACAUUCUCCAGCUCCUCUCUCGCUCUGUAGUCACCAACAACAAGCAGGAAGCCGACAUCUUCUCGGUGCCCAACACCAACUACAAGCUGACGGUCAUGGACACCAGUGACGCAAGGGAGAGUAUCAUGCGCGACUUCUCGGCGCGAUGCGGUGGCAUCUUCCAGGAGGCCGUCAAGUGGGCGCCCUCCGUCACACGCUCCCACAUCCAGCAGUACCUCAUCAACUUUGAGAACAUCAACGACGGGCUGUCGCAGCGCGUCAAGCUGGAAGCCGCCACGGAGAGCGCCCUCCAGUGUGCCGGAUUCAGCCAGGGGCCGAUUGGCGGCGGGUUGUCUGACAGCAUGAAAGGAGAUUCAAGUAACUUUGUCUCCGCCAUGACACUUCGCAGCAGAUUUACUGGAGAAGUGUCGGGCAUGCAAGCCAUCUACAUGCAUGCCGGUCCUGGCGGGCUGAGCCUGUCCAAAGUCCUUUGUGACCAGCUGAUUAAGGCUUGUCAGACGGGGAAGGAAGAAUCUGUAACGAGCUGCAUGUACCGGGUCUGCGCUCUGCUCAUAACGUCCGAAGGUCUCGAGAGGCACCUACUGCACAACUUGUGCUGGGCGGCUGGCUGUGUCUUCACCCUGCAGUCCAUGGAGACUGCUGUUGCAUGCUGGGAGUGGCUGCUAGCUGCUCGACCCGACCUGGAAAUGCAUUUCAUGCGGGAGAUGGCAGCUGCCUGGCAGAUGACGGUGGAGCGUCGGCUAGGCAUGUUUGCCCCGGAUCCCGACCAGCCCAGCCCCCUAGCUGCAGCCAGCGGUGAGGAUGUGCCCCUCCCGAACCCACCCAAUGCCACGCCCCACGACAUAUGGACACUGUUCCUUGCUCAGCGUAUUGAAAGCGUCAAGUACAGCCAGAUUGGCGUGGUUGAGAUCUUCACUACCAUGCUGCAUCGGUCCCUGUCCAUGCGUGCCGGCUCCCAGCACAGCGUCCUGUGUCGUCACAUCGGGGCCAUCGGGCCACGAUUCCGUCUGCUCUCCAUCGGGCUGUCACUGCUGCAAGGGGACACGCUGUCCAAUGGCACCGCCAAGAACGUACUCAGGGAGAGGCUCUACGCUGCCGUCUUUGACUAUUUCAGCAUGCUACCCAUGGUCCCAACUCAGGCUUUGCCGUUGCUAAAGGAUGACAUCUCGACAUUGCUCAAGUUCUUCCACAUGGUCCUCGCUGAGAAGAAAUACCUGAAGACGCCCAACCUCUUGCCCCAAGAUUCUCCAGAUUCCGGGACCCUGUCGGUCCUGCCAACAGACAUACGCGCCAGCGUGGACAUCCCCAGCCGGCAGGGUCUGCAGCUCCAGGGCUGGAUGAACACCACGCCGCUGGGCACCAGCAUGUCCGUCAUCUCCAAGAGAUCAUCAGCGGCCCGGAAAGGAGGCGACAUGGGCCUGAAGUACACCAAGGUGUACAUGAGGAGGCGACAUCUCAUCUUGUCUUUACUCUCCAAUGAGAUUGAGAGACUGUGCACCUGGUACAACCCUAUGGACGCCGCCGAGCAGAAGAUCCAAUCGGAGGAGAUCUUGGCAGGCUGGAGAGGGCAGCAGAUCAACGAACGCAGCUGGCGGGAGUUUGUGCGGCUGGCCUGGGACCUGUCACCGAACCUGGCCUCCUGUCUGCCAAGCAGAUUCAAGAAUUCGGAAGCCCUGGUUCGAGAGGUGACAAGACUGGUUCGCCUGGAACCGACCACCAUGUACAACCAAGCCUACGCAUUACACUACCUGGUGACAGAGCACAGCGUGGAGGCUGAUGUACCAGAGCUGAGCUACGCAUUGUGCUGGGCACCGGUGGCACCCGUGGUGGCGCUCUCGUAUUUCUCCAACCAGUACGCGCCGCACCCAAUCACGGCGCAGUACGCCACCAAGGUGCUGCAGUUCUACCCGCCGGAGGCAUUGCUGUUCUACGUCCCUCAGCUAGUCCAGGCGAUCAGAUACGACACGUUUGGCUAUGUGACGGAGCUAAUCACUAUCCUGGCCCAGAAAUCACAGCUGCUGUCCCACCAACUCAUUUGGAACAUGAAAACUAACAUCUUCACGGAUGAAGACGGAAAGAACCGAGACGCCGAAAUCGCCGACCACCUGGAAGCGAUCAUGGAAACCAUCUUCAGCAAUCUCUCAGGACCAGCUAAGGCCUUCUACGAGAGGGAAUUUGACUUCUUUGGCAAGAUCACAGCAAUCUCGGGUGAAAUCCGACCAUUUCCCAAGGGUGAGGAACGCAAGGCUGCUUGCCUGAAGGCCCUGAGCCAAAUCCAACUCCAGCCUGGUUGCUACCUGCCCAGCAGUCCCGAGGCUAUCGUCAUGGAGAUAGACUACAAAUCAGGCACGCCCAUGCAGAGUGCCGCCAAAGCGCCAUUCCUUGCCAAGUUCAAAGUCAAGAAGUGCGGCGUGCAUGACCUGGAAGGCAUUGGACUGAGAGGGGGAGAUCCGAAGGAGGAAGAGGACCACGCCAGGAAGCCGCUCAGCUGGGAAGCCUGCAUCUUCAAAGUGGGGGACGACGUCAGACAGGACAUGUUGGCGCUGCAGGUCAUCGGUCUAUUCAAGAACAUCUUCCGUCAAGUUGGCUUGGAUCUCUACUUGUUUCCCUACAGGGUAGUGGCGACGUCGCCAGGGUGCGGCGUGAUCCAGUGCGUGCCUGACACAAAGUCGCGCGACCAGCUGGGCCGGCAGACAGACAUCGGCAUGUAUGAGUACUUCCUUACAAAGUACGGUGACACGACCACCCCGGCCUUCCAGAAGGCGCGGCGGAACUUCAUCCAGAGCAUGGCCGCCUACAGCCUGGUCGGGUUCCUGCUGCAGAUCAAGGACCGACACAACGGCAACAUCAUGCUGGACAGCGUCGGCCACAUUGUCCACAUAGAUUUUGGCUUCAUGUUCGAGAGCUCGCCCGGCGGCAACAUGGGCUGGGAGCCCGACAUCAAGCUAACAGAAGAGAUGGUCAUGAUUAUGGGUGGCCGAAUGGACGCCCCGCCCUUUAAGUGGUUCAUGGAGCUGUGCGUCCAGGCGUACCUCGCCGUCCGGCCCUACCAGGAAGCCAUUGUUUCACUGGUCGCUCUGAUGCUGGAUACCGGUUUGCCAUGCUUCAGAGGACAGACAAUCAAGCUGCUCCGGAGUCGGUUUUGUCCAACCCAAACAGAGCGGGAAGCAGCCAACUACAUGCUGAAAGUUAUCAGAGACUCCUGUCUGAGCACAAGGACACGGACUUAUGACAUGAUUCAGUACUACCAGAACCAGAUACCGUACUAAGACGAAGUAUGCCGGGUGUGGAGGCCAGGGUUACCUUUCCAGAAACAAAAACCCGCUGUCUGCCUCCCUUCCAAAGUAGACCCGCGCCAAUUGAAGUUCGUAGACCAAAAGUUUUUGCCGUUCCACUUUGACAAUGUCAGGCCAGUACAUACACAGCAGAUGUGAGUAGACUAUGUCGUCAACCUUCACCAAUUUUUGUUAGUUGCAAUAUGCACGUGUAAAAAGGUGUAAUGACUCUGAAGUUAAUUUUUAUUUCUGCAUAAAAAGAGUAUUUUAAAUUGUUAUAUUUCGUCAUGGUAUGUUUACAUCAUGUUAUUGGAAAGGAGAGUCUAUGAAGUUAUAAAAUUGAAUAUUUAAAAAAAAUUGUGACUGUAUAAUCUCAAAGAUACAUUUUGGGCUCAAGUUGUGGAAUAAGUGCAGAAUGCAUCAAGAGAUAUUUCUUUUAAAAGUUUUUCAAUAGGCAAAGAUUUAAUAGGAAGACUAAAAACAGAUGUCUGCAUCAUUUUAUUAAAGAAUUUUGCCCACUAUUGGCCAUGCUUCUGUUAGGUUUUUCAAUUGAUGUGCGUCUGCUAUGGAUAUUAAAGAACGCCCUCAACAUUUUGGAAAUCAAUAAGGAUUUAUUUACAAUCCAGUUCAGUGCUGACAGGUACUUUGUUUUUAAUCAGAGCUUUAUUGUAAUCCGAGAAUCUUCCGUAUGCUUAAAAUCCACUUCAAAGUUUCUGUUGCAAAUAUGCUGCCGUAAACAUGUAUUUCAUUAAGAUAGCUUUCUAGAAAUCUGAGAUAUUUCGAGAUUUUAACUUGACAUCCAAGCAACCCCUCACAGCUAACUUGGAUGGCAUCACGUGGAUGUAACAUUGGAAUUAAGGAAAAAUUUGACUCUCUCAAGUUAUUUCAGAUUGAGAAAUGAUUAAUUUUCUUUCUGUGGAAUUCAAAUCAUUUAUCAUACUAUGCGUCAAGAAUUAUGUGAAUAGUUUGUACAUGGACCUGCUACUCAAAAACUUAUGCAUGUAAAUAACUGUUGAAGAUACCUGCAAUAUAUUCUCUGUACCAUUGGAAUAAUAUUGAAGAUAUAGAAGUGAACUAUCUAGGUUUUGCCAAUGCAAUUAUGCAGCAUUUUAUCAAAGUUUAAAGAAUUUACUUGUUGAGGUAAAAUGGUCUUAUUGAAAUAAGUACGUCAUUUCCACUUCGUUCACACGCAUUGUACGGUUCAGUUGUAAAAUUUGUGUAAAGUUGCCAUAUUUAAUUUCUUUAAAAAUCUGAUUUAAGUUUGGGUAGGUUUUGAAGCUCCAUUAUUACAGAUAUUUCCUUUAAACUGAACGACAAGAGAGCUCUACCCCAUUUCAAAAGUUCAUUAGGGCCAGAUGUUUUGUUAAAGCAAAUAUCAGUCCGUUUUCUGGCAUGUUUGACGCUAAUGUUGUGACUGCACCUACACAAUGUUGCAUACUUUGUUCUAAAAUGGUAGUGCCGUUUCAAAAUUGAAAACAGCUGCCAAAGAUUUGUUCUACAAAACUGUGUGGUUUUCCCUUUUGUUUGGGGUUUCAGUUGUUAAUGUAAGAGUGUCUUGGUGUUUAGCAGAUCUAUAAAGGGAGUAGAACUUGAGGAACUGAAGGCAUUUAAGAGGAAAUGUAUAGUACUUGUCGUAACAUGAGGUCUAGCACAGAUCUAGCUAAGGUUGGACGUCGUCUACAUUGCAUUGCCACCAACGUCCUCAAACAGAUAGUGUUUUUUUGUUUUCUCAAAUUGUUAUCGGGUGAAGACAGCUCAAGUUUCGUCCACAAGUGCCUUGUAUCCCAAAUACCAUAAAUGCUGUGUUGAAAUUACUAAAUACGCCCAUGGACAACGAAUUCGCAAAAAGUGACGGAAAGCAUGGAGUUUUGCAAAAUUUCCUGCAAAAUACGUUGUCCGCAGGCAUAUUUAGUAAUUUCAACACAGCAUUUAUGGAAUUUGGGAUACAAGACACUUGCAAAUGACAUUAAGGAGCUGUCUGUAAAAAUUUGAGAAAAGAACAUUGAAAAAAUCUCGCAUUGUGGGAGGACUUUUAUACUCUGGACAUCAGUCGUAGUGUAAGGAAGACAACGUCCAACCUGGGCUAGCACAGAUCUGUGUUUGCUUAAGUUGACCACAGUGUCCAUGGUUGACAUAAUAAUCUAAGAAAUGAUACACACUUAACUCAGUCUCCUUGAGUUUUCCUUUUUGUUCAUUUAGAAUUACGUACCGGUAACUGUUGGUGCUAUGUACUGCAGAGUUUGUGUAGUUUGUUUCCAAUUUGCAGACCUGCCAAUUUCAUGGAUGUUUACAUUGGGUUAGGGCUCAGGAAAAUAUUUGAUACCAUGGCUGGAAAAUUACCUUCCAAAACUAUGCUAUUUAGCGUCAACAAGCGUCACCAAGUAAUCCAAGCAGUUUUUUUUAAUUUACAAUAUUAACUAGGCUCCUACAUAUCUUAUUCAAUAUAUCUAUCUGACAUGAUAUUUGAGUGUUGACAUUUGAGUAACAAAGUCGGGUCUCCGAGGCAGCUCGACCGGCUGCCAUCUUGUUUUCUUGUGGAUGGCAAAGUACAGGAUGGCGGCCACCAUACAUUGUGAAAAAAUUGUUUUUUUUUGUGUGAAUAUGGAAGCAAAGUCGAUGCUUCUCUUACACAGUGCAAAGUCUUAGAGUCCCCAAAAUAAUGAUAAAACCACUUUUAAAUCUUCAGAGGUAAUUUUCAAGUUGUUGACACUUGUUGAUGCUAAAUAGCAUGCAUUUGCCACUUUUUGAGCCAGUGGUUGUGUGGGAGGAGCCGUAAUUUUAGGAGUCGGACAAAGUUUGUGUAGUUGAGACCGUCAUAAGACCAGACACAAGUUUACAAGACCAGUCACAAUUUACUGGGUGAACAGUGACAAACGAAUGCAGCUUUUGUUGCCGUUCAUUUUGGUAGCUUGUGACUCAACUUCACCAGGGUCAUGUUGGGUCCUGUAAUGGUCUUAAAGGAUCGUUAUGACAACACUUUAGAGACAAAAAAGCUACUAGUUGUCAGGAAUAUAUGUUUCUGUCAUCAGCUAACAUGUGUUUUGUAAAGUCUAAUUACUACCAAUGUAAUGCCAAAGCUCCAGAGUAUGUCUAUUUUAAUAGAAAUCUUGUGAUAAUUACAUAAGGAUUGGAGACUACUUGUGCAAUAGUGCAGUGGUUUGAGAGCUCUUGCUCAUAUGCAUGGCUAGUUUGAAAUAAACUGUGAUGGCCUUGGGAUUUUAUUCUCUA